AUGCUGCUCUCGCUCUCUUCGACCGCUUCCUCGACCGCUUCCAUCGCCGCACGCAGACUCGCUCACAUCAGAAUGUCGUCCUCCACCGCUCAGAACGGCCUCCGCGAGGUUUUUAUCGUCGGUGCUGCCCGCACGCCCGUCGGUUCAUUCCAGGGUGCCCUCAAGGCCGCCACCGCCGUCCAACUCGGCGUCGCGGCCGUCAAGGGCGUCCUCGCGCAGGCGCAGGUCAAGCCCGACCAGGUCGAGGACCUCUACUUUGGUCAGGUUUUGCAGGCUGGAGCUGGGCAGAGUCCGGCGAGGCAGGUCGUCCUUGGCGCGGGAAUGCCCGAGUCGACUGAGGCGACCACCAUCAACAAGGUCUGCGCCUCGGGAAUGAAGGCCGUCAUGCUCGCGUCGCAGAACAUCCAGACUGGCCAGCGCGACCUCAUGGUUGCUGGCGGCAUGGAGAGCAUGUCUAACGCUCCCUUCUACGCUCCCCGCACCCCCGCCACGUUCGGCCACUUCCAGGCUCUCGACGCCAUCGUCAAGGACGGCUUGACUGACGUCUACGGCGACUACCCCAUGGGCAACUGCGCCGAGGAGACCGCCGCAAAGCACCAGAUCUCCCGCGAGGACCAGGACAACUACUGCCUCGAUUCGUACCGCAAGGCCGCCGAGGCAUGGAAGGCCGGCGCAUUCAAGGCCGAGAUCGCGCCCGUGACGCUCAAGAGCCGCGCGGGUGAGGUUGUCGUCGAGGAGGACGAGGAGUACAAGAAGAUCAAGCCUGAGAAGGUUGCGAGCCUCAAGCCCGUCUUCAAGAAGGAUGGGACGGUCACGGCUGCGAAUGCGUCCAACUUGAACGAUGGAGCGUCCGCGCUUGUGCUUGCGUCCCAGGAGAAGGUUGACGAGCUUAGCCUCAAGCCCCUCGCCAAGGUCAUCUCCUUCGCCGAUGCCGCCUGCGCGCCCAUCGACUUUCCCAUCGCGCCCGCCAAGGCCGUUCCCCUCGCCCUCAAGCGCGCCGGUCUCUCAAUGGACCAAAUCUCCAAGUUCGAAGUGAACGAAGCCUUCUCGGCUGUCGCCAUCGCCAACCAAAAGAUUCUCGGUAUCCCCACUGAGAAGCUCAACGUUAGCGGUGGUGCGGUCGCCCUCGGCCACGCGCUCGGCUCGUCCGGAAGCAGGAUCAUCGUCACGCUCGUGCACUUGCUCAAGCCGGGAGAGUACGGUGUUGCCGGUGUCUGCAACGGCGGCGGCGGAGCUUCGGCCAUCGUCAUCCAGCGCCUCUAA